AUGGCGCCCAUAGCUAGCGAGCCCCGCCAGUUGCUGACGGUUCUCAACCUUGCCCGCCGCAAGGCUCUGUACGUGUUGCUCGUCGAGAUAACGGGAUGGAUGCGCGGGCAGCUCGAGUUUCGCGAGCCGGCCGAGAACCCCAGUGAUUCUGGGCCGCUGUUGAUAGAUCCUACCGCUGAAAACAGCAUUGUCAUCAACGCGCCCAGCACCGCCCGGGACACGGCCCCUCCCAGCCCGGCCCUCGUGCGGCUGCGCGCCGCCGCCAUUGAGCACUUUGACGCCUGGCGUAAAGAAACUCUCACGAAGCUGAAGGACGUGCUCGCCGCGCCCGACGAUGCCCAAAUCGUCGAGGAUCGCCGUAAGCGCGCUGAACGGCUGGCUGCCCAGCAGCGCUCACGCGGCGCCGGGAUGUCGUUUGCUACCGGUGGGGGAUCAGAAAGCCUGAUUGAUUUUAGCGAUUCACCUGGUGAUGGUGGAGUGGCAAGCGGAGGCAGCGAGGCAGACCGCGCCAGGGCCGUGGCCCGCCUGCAAGCGCACUGGCAUGCUACCGCCACGCGGCUUGUGACGAUUCCGUAUGAGGACAGAACAGAAACGCUCAGCUGCGUGUUGCUCGUGCUGCUGUCGACGGGGCGCUACACGGCCGAAUCCAGGGCGCUGGCCGUCUACCUUGCCUCUUCGCUCGAGGUGCCGCUAGAGGUGCUGAAUGCAGAGGAGGUGGAGAUCGCACGCUCGCUGCUUCAGGCAUCGGCCGAGAGUGCGAGGCAUGAGGGAAGUGCCUCUAUGUCUGCCGAGGCUGAAGCCGAGAAGCGGAAGCAGCAGAACCAGUCUAGCCGGUACUGGAAGGUCGGGCUGGCCUCGGUGGCCGGCGCCGCUAUCAUAGGAGUGACCGGUGGUCUUGCUGCGCCCGUGGUGGCCGGAGCCAUUGGUGGUAUCAUGGGGUCUGUAGGCCUCGGCGGCGUUGCGUCGUUCCUGGGUAUCUUCUGGAUGAACGGCGCGCUUGUAGGGACCCUUUUCGGGGCAUUCGGGGCGAAAAUGACGGGCGAAAUGGUCGAUCAGUACGCCAGAGAAGUAGAGGACUUCCGUUUCGUCCCUCUGAAAGACGAAUCAAGGGGUAAGGGCCACAAGCAGGACGACAGACGCCUCCGCGUAACGAUCGGUAUCAACGGUUGGUUAUCCUCAAAUGACGAUAUAACGAAGCCAUGGCGCUGUCUCGGUGGUGAUUCGGAAGCAUUUGCCCUGCGAUACGAGACAAGAAGCCUAAUGGGACUCGGGAAGUCGUUGGAGGAGCUGGUGUCUUCUUACGCAUGGAACACAGUGAAGGUUGAGAUCCUCAAGAGGACGGUGCUAGCCACCCUAUGGUCCGCUCUCUGGCCUGCAUAUCUCUUAUCCAUGGCGAGCACGGUCGACAACCCUUUCAGUCUCGCCAGAAACAGGUCAGAGAAAGCGGGAGAUAUCCUGGCCGAUGCACUAAUCAACAAGGUACAAGGCGAGCGUCCAGUGACAUUGAUCGGCUACUCCCUCGGAUCCAGAGUAAUCUACUCCUGCCUGCGUUCUUUGGCGAAACGACACGCCUUUGGGCUGAUCGAUACAGUUAUUUUUAUCGGUUCCCCGGUCCCGUCCAAUCGCCAACACUGGGAGAUGAUGCGCACCGUGGUGUCCGGCAAGAUGUACAACGUGUAUUCAAAAAACGACUAUCUGCUGGCGUUUCUCUAUCGCGCAACCUCCAUCCAGCUUGGGGUCGCUGGUCUUCAGGAGAUCAAGGACGUCGACGGCGUUGAAAAUCUCAACCUCAGCGAGGAGGUUCAGGGACACAUGCGAUACGCCAGGAUCAUUGGAAAUAUCCUCGCCCGAUGCGGUCUCCCGGUCACCCAAGGCGCCGAUGCGCCAAUCGGAAAAGACGAGGACGCUAUCAGACUUGAUGACCUAGAUGAGAAUAAUCCAGAACUCGGUACUCUCAUCGAGCUCGAUAGUCUGAACAUCUCCGAGCCGCCACCACCAGGUUAUAGCCCGGCUCCUCCAGCCACCCGUCGUAGGCAAGACGCCCGGCGCACAACAGUUGUCAGAGGAGCCCCAUCCUCUCUUUCAGUCAGCCAAGAUCCGUUAGGUGUUGCUUUAUCGGAUCCUCUCUCCACGUCCACCUCGAAUACGGCAGCGCCAAAACCUGCCGCUGCCACCUCGUCCCAAUCGCCAAGCCGCAGAGCAGAGCGGCAACCAACCAUCCCUAACUUUGAGCCCCUGGAGAAUCCCAAUACCAAGUUCAGAAUUGCAGAUGGAGCCGAAAAGGCCCGGCUUGUAGAUAGGACCCCGAACCUCGCCACUUCUGCUACGCCACCGCCUACUUUGCCGUCGCCUUCUCAUAUUCGCCAGGUUGUGGGUCAUGAUGGCAAUGAUCGUGAUGAGGACGACGAUGACGAGGAGGAAGGGGGGUUCGGCAUUAGGAUGGUGGACAAUGACGAUCUCAAUUAUGUAGAGCCGACGCCCAUCGAUGAUUAUUAG